AACCCAUGUGGGGCUUGAACUCAUGAACCAUGAGAUCAUGACCUGAGACAAAACCAAAAUUCUGAAGCUCAACCAACUGAGCCACCCAGGUGCCCCAGGUCUAAUGCCUUUUUUGAUUAAACUAAGUCUCAAAAUGUCUCAGUGAGCAGUGUCCCUUACAUAGAGUUGGGAUUCUUAAUUUCUGUGUUCUCCUAGCACCCUAGGGUGCACUUAUAUCAUGUUAUUGUAAUUAUUUAUUUACUUGAUUAUGUGAUAUUUUAUCGUGAGUUGCCGGAGAACAGCUUUUUACAUAAUUCAAAGAGAUCUUCAGUGACUUGCAGUAAAUUCAAUAAAUGUUGAAUGAAUGAAUGAAUAAUUAAUAUGGUAUUUCCAGAAUAAUGAUCCUUUUAAUGUACCUCUAAGAAAAACCCCUUGAAAGAUGGUAGAAUUUAGUUUUUAAAAUAUAUAUAAUGUAUAUUUUCAUUCACUACUAUAGAUAAUCACAGAGGCAUAAAAUGGCCAAGACAACUUGACAGUCAUUUCCAAUUUUAUUUUCCUGGGGUUUACUCGUUACCCCAAAGUUGAGGUCAUCAUAUUUGUGCUGUGCUUGCUGAUGUACCUGAUCACCCUGCUGGGUAAUAUCAUUCUGAUGUCCAUCACCAUCCUGGAUUCCCACCUACACAAACCCGUGUACUUCUUCCUCAGCAACCUCUCCUUUUUAGACAUCUGGUACACCUCUUCUGCUCUCACUCCAAUGCUGACAAACUUUGUUUCAGGGAAAAACACCAUCUCAUUCUCAGGAUGUGCCACUCAGAUGUACUUUUCUCUUGCCAUGGGCUCCACUGAGUGUGUGCUCCUGUCCACGAUGGCGUAUGACCGGUAUGUGGCCAUCUGCAACCCUCUGAGAUACCCCAUCAUCAUGAACAAGAGGGCUUGUGUGCAGAUUGCCGCUGGCUCCUGGAUGACAGGCUGCCUCACCGCCCUGGUGGAAACAGUAUCUGUGCUGCAGCUGUCUGUCUGUGGAAGUAGCAUCAUCAAUCACUUCACUUGUGAAAUUCUGGCUGUCUUGAAACUAGUUUGUGUGGAUACUUCCAGGGUGCAGUUGAUCAUGCUGGUGAUCAGCGUACUUCUUCUUCCUAUGCCGAUGCUCCUCAUUUGUGUCUCUUACGCAUUCAUUCUCUCCAACAUCCUGAGAAUCAGCUCAGUGGAUGGUGGAAGCAAAGCCUUUUCAACAUGCGCAGCCCACCUGACUGUGGUGGUUUUGUUCUAUGGGACAGCUCUCUCCAUGUACCUGAAGCCCUCUGCUGUAGAUUCACAGGAAAUAGACAAAUUUAUGGCUUUGGUAUAUGCUGGAUUAAGCCCCAUGUUGAAUCCUAUCAUUUAUAGUUUACGGAACAAAGAGGUAAAAGUAGCUAUGAAAAAAUUGCUGAUUAGGAACCCUCUGUGUGCUUUUUCAAUCCCCCAGAGCAAGUCAUAACAUUAGUCUAAGGGAUGUAUUGACGUGUUCAAUACGCACCAGAACAUUGGACUAAGAGGGGAAGACACUCAUUUUAAAUAAGAUGUG